UUUGAAAGCAUAGGAAGGAUCUGAAGGUAUCAUGGGUUGAUCAGGAGACUUGGAAGGGAGAGUCCUGGAGGAGGGACACCCCUGGGGGACUUGUGGGCCACCUAUGCCAGAGCAGGGGCUUCAGGUGUUGUCCAAGAUCAUGUUGUGCUAGAUGCUGUACAACUGUAGAACAGAAGAUGGCUCGUCCUGCUGGGCUUUCAGGAGUGGCUUGCCUAGGCAAUGCUGAGUGACAAUAACUCUGUGAAGCUGAAAAGUGAUUGUUCACCUCCUGUGCAAUGGUGUAAGGUGGCUGCACAUGAAGAUGAGAAGACCGAGCUGGUUUUUAAAAGGUACUCGCAAAUUUCUUGCACUGUUUGUGGUUGGAGGGUGCUUCCUUUAUAUCCUCAAAUUACAUUUUGGCCCUGAAGAAUGUGACAGAACAAAAAUGCCGUAUGUGGACCUCGAUCGUGUAAGGAGAGCACAACAGUAUGCCAGCGCUGCAUUGCAGGAACAGUGCCGACCUUCUUACGUAAAGAAAGAAAUGGGAAAGUUAUUUGCAGAGAAAUAUCGCAUGGACAUAUCUCCCUUUGUAAGAAAAAAUGUAAAUGAAGAAGAAGCUUUAUUUAAAUAUGAACCUCCUUUUGGAUUCCACAAGUUCUUUGAUAAGCUUAAAAAUCUCCUUGAACUCUUACCUGAGCAUGAUUUACCAGAAGAUUUGAAGUCAAAACACUGUAAGCGUUGUGUUGUUGUUGGCAGUGGUGGAAUUCUUCAUGGAUCAGAGCUGGGUCACUUAUUGAAUCAGUUUGAUAUUGUUAUAAGAUUAAAUGAUGCACCAGUUCAAGGAUACAUAGAUCACGUUGGUAACAAAACUACUAUACGGAUGACUUACCCGGAAGGAGCCCCACUUUCUGAACAUGAGUAUCCUCCUGCUAGCUUGUUUGUGGCUGUUUUGUUUAAAAGUGUUGAUUUCAAUUGGCUUCAAGCAAUGGUAAAAAAUGAAACCUUGCCUCUGUGGGUGCGACUCUUCUUUUGGAAGGAGGUUGCUGAGAAAAUUCCUCUUACAUCAAAGCAGUUUCGGAUUCUGAAUCCAGUCAUCAUCAAAGAGACAGCUUUGGACAUUUUACAGUUCCCUGAACCUCGAUCAAAAUUCUGGGGUUGGGAUAAGAAUGUACCUACAAUUGGGGUCACAGCAGUUGUUCUGGCCACACAUUUAUGUGAUGAAGUGAGCUUAGCAGGAUUUGGAUAUGACCUUGAUCAGCCCAGCACACCUUUGCACUAUUACAACAACCUCUGCAUGGCUGCCAUGAACGGACAAACUAUGCACAAUGUGACAAGUGAAACAAAAUUCCUGCAAAAACUGAUCAAAGAAAAAGUUGUCAGAGACCUCACUGGGGGGAUACAUUGUGAAUUCUGUGGCAAAGGCAGCUAGUGAUUGAAGUGCAGCACGGUUUGGAUUUGUUAAAUUUCCAGAGGUUCAGCUGAAACAACCUUUUCACUGUUCUAAGUAGUAGUUUAAAGUGUGUAUAAAAAGGAUGUGGAAUCUCUGCUGCCUUUUUUAACGUCAAGUUCAAUUUGUUGGACUUUUAAAUUUAUUUUGAUGUCAGAUUUUCUUUGCACGUUUUUGUGAAUAACUAUGUAAAUACAACUUGGAGUUGAAAGAGAUCCAUUUAAAAUAUUUAAUGUUUUAAGUUGUCUGAAGAAAAGCAGAGUUUUUGUUUUCAGAUGUAUGGUACGCACAAUGCUAGCCUGAGUUGUCUAACAGCAUACAAGAGUUAUUUUCCACUGAACUACUGUCUUCGUCAAUCCAGUUCUUGGUGUAGGACUCCUUUUCAUGCAUGCCAUGAAAAGAAAGGUGUAUGCUUCUCAAGUCUUUAAUUUCUUGCAACUUGAACGUUUUGUUUCCCCCUCAAGUAUUUGUAUUCUUUUGGUUUUGUGCUAGUGUUUUUUUGGGGGUGGAGGAGGAAUGUGGGAGUGGAGGUGAAGGAAGAGGAACUGUUGUGGCAACAACUGAAUAGUAAGUACUUUGGCUUUCAUGAUUGAUAUUAAAAUCAUUGAUGCAUUAAUGUAUUGGGUUAGAAUCCUGCUUUAUCAUGAAGCAUGUUUGGGCCCAGGGCACACUAUAAGAGGAUUUAGCCAGUAGGAGGCUUUCACCUGAACCAGAUCAUUUGUCAUUUCCAUUCCUUAAGACCCAGAUAAAUGUUUCUAACUAGUUGAUUUGCAGCAGAGUUCACCUACCCCAAUUAAAGAAGUGGCAUUAAUACAAAAUCUACCCUUUUUUUUUUUGAGUGACUUGAAAAUUGCUGGUUCUAUGAAACACUGGUUUGUAUGAAUCUUCCAUUUAGCAAUAAUAGAAUCUAUGACUAGGUUAAAAUUUCCCUUGGUUUACUUUAUGAUCCUUAAGUAAUUAAUUGCAGAUAUCGUAACCUUAAUAGUUCACAAUGAUGAUAACCCUUAUGAACACUAGUGUUGACUAUUUAAUUGAAGGGAGAGGUAGAGUUGUUGGCUUUCCUGGAUCAGCUUUUAAGUCAGCAAUUGGGUGAGUGUGUAUAAGUUAAGAAAAUCACUUUCAGCAAGUAGUAUGAUCUAGUAGGAAGCUAGAUAACUGCUGAAAACAGCAUACUUAAAAAAAAAAAAAAAAAAAAAAAAGCUAUAGAUAUAUAUUCUUGUGACUGGAAAUCAGUGCAUUGCAAAGAAACUGGACUGUGCAGAUCUUCUGUAAGCAGGUUUUGAUGUUCACUUUCAUUUUGUUACUAGUAGAGUAGUAGGUAUAACUGUGUUUGCACUGAGUAGUGUUGUUACUCAGUCUACAGUAUGUGAAAAAUGCCUCCUGCCUUUAUACUAAAAGGCAAUAAAAUGACAUCAAAUCAUAAAGCAUAACUCUGAAGAAAGUUGUGGACCUCAUCUUUUGUAAGUCCCAUGUACCUACAUGUCCUUGAAAGCCAGUUGUGGACAGUGAGCAAAUUUGAAAAUCAGAUUCUUGUCUCUGACACUGUUUGUGUUUAUAGCAAUAAUAUUAAUCUAACUUCUCUGUGAAAUGCAUUAAUUUUUGUACUAGCAAUAAAUUUCUAGUCUUUGUUUUUCUUGUAAGUAUAAUUAUAUUGUUUAAUUUAAAAAUAUUUCAAGUGUGAAGAGUUUUGUACAGAUAGUCUUUUAGUUAACGUAUUAAAAUGCACUAAUUACUUUCUCCUGGUAUUUAAACUGGAAGCGAAGUACCUUAAUUUCAUUUGGUAAUAGUGAAAUUUUGGAAGAUUUCAGAAUGUGUGUGUUGGGAGGACAUCCUGAAUACACUGGAAGUAUGUGUUUCAGAGCACUUGGUUCAGUAACUUGAAAAUAAUCAGUUGAUUAAUGUAAAUGCCAAUAGCUUUUUGGAGAUGCUGUAUUUACUGUCAAAUUCUCGAAUUAAGUUGAUGUAGGAUUAGAUUGUUUUCCCACCAGUUUUAUGGCUUGUGAUAAAACAUUGUUCUCUGUGGUAGUGUAUACUGCAUUGAAUAUGCCUGCACAGACUCGACCAUCCGUGAAAUGGCAGCAAGUUCAGGUUGCAAAAAGCAAUAAACUGAUGAAACCACUUUCUACUUA